UCUAUUGCAGAGAGCUAAGCAGAAUGGACCGUAUCCUGCUAAUUUGUUUAAUAUUUAGCACCCUCUGCAUAAUGCAGUCUCAGUGUGUUUCCAAAAGUCAAAUAUGGAGUGCGGCAAAGAGAGAAAUCAGCAGCACAAGAUGGAGUUUAAAAAGCUGUUACCGAGAUCUCUGCAACAGAAACAAGUGUAACAUCUUUGUUGAUGAUGUUUUAGCUUCCGUUGGAGCCAAACGCCCAAGGAGAAGCUCGUGGCGAUAUUCUCCCAUUGGGGCUAACGAAUGGGGAAACUCAAAUUCUGCAUACGUACUGGAUACAGGUUGUUAUGAGCAUGUUCCUGAAUUCACCGACAGACAGAUUGGUGAUGUCAUAGCCUUUCCUUUCCCACAAGGCUCUGGACAUGUUGGUAUUGUGUCAGUUGACACUCGAUAUAUAAGUGCUAGAGAAAAGAUGGUCGAACACAAGGCAAUACCUUCGGAUAGAAAAAAUACAAUAUGGCGCUAUCAAUACACCAAAAACGGAUGUUAAUCUCCAAAUUAAUUAAAAUACGCUUAUAUUUCAA